GGCCAUGGCGGCAGCGGCGGGCGGCCUGGGCGGCGCGGCGGGUCCCGGGCCCGAGGCCGGCGACUUCCUGGCCCGGUACCGGCUGGUGUCGAACAAGCUGAGGAAGCGCUUCCUGCGGAAGCCGAACGUGGCGGAGGCCGGCGAGCAGUUCGCGCAGCUGGGUCGCGAGCUGCGCGCCCAGGACUGCCUGCCCUACGCGGCCUGGUGCCAGCUGGCGGUGGCGCGCUGCCAGCAGGCGCUGUUCCACGGGCCCGGGGAGGCGCUGGCCCUCGGCGAGGCCGCCCGCCUCUUCCUGCGGCAGGAGCGCGACGCGCGCCAGCGCCUGGCCGGCCCCGCCGCCUACGGGGAGCCGCUGCAGGCCGCCGCCAGCGCCCUGGGCGCCGCCGUGCGCCUGCACCUGGAGCUGGGCCAGCCGGCCGCCGCCGCCGCGCUCUGCCUCGAGCUGGCCGCCGCCCUGCGCGACCUGGGCCAGCCGGCCGCCGCCGCCGGCCACUUCCAGCGCGCCGCCCAGCUCCAGCUGCCGCAGCUGCCCCUGGCCGCGCUGCAGGCCCUCGGCGACGCCGCCUCCUGCCAGCUGCUGGCGCGCGACUACAGCGGCGCCUUGGCGGUCUUCACGCGCAUGCAGCGCCUGGCGCGGGAGCACGGCAGCCACCCGGGCCCGCCGCCGCUGCCGGGGCCCCAGCCCGGACCCGGCGCGGCCCCCGGCCUGGCCCUGCCGGCAGCGCCGCCCGCUCCGAGCGCGAGCGCCCACGCGGGCCCUGCGGCGCCCGCCUGUCCCGCCGCGCUGGGCGCCUUCGCGGACGUGCUGGCCCGCUGCGAGGUGUCCCGCGUGCUGCUGCUGCUGCUCCUGCAGCCACCGCCCGCCCGGCUGCUGCCGGAACACGCCCGGACCCUGGAGACGUACUCCUGGGAGGCCUUCGACGGCCACGGGCAGGACGGCGGCGGGCAGCUCCCCGAGGAGCUCUUCCUGCUGCUCCAGUCCCUGGUGAUGGCCACCCACGAGAAGGACACGGAAGCCAUCAAGUCGCUGCAGGUGGCGCUGUGGCCGCUGCUGACUGCCGAGCAGAACCACCUCCUCCACCUCGUGCUGCACGAAACCAUCUGCCCCUCGGGACAGGGCUUCUGAUGAGUCACUUGGGCCAGGAGGCUCUUGCCUGUGCCCGGGUCUCACGGGGUCCGCCUUUGCGGUUGGAGACAGAAGAAGAGACAUCAGGGAUCCUGGGCCCACGCUUGAUGUUCUUCCUCCUGCCACCACAGGGACUGGUCACCGCAGUGGCGGUCACCUGCGUCCCGUGUGCUUAUGCGAGGAAAGGCCACCGCGGCAGCGUGGAGUCGGAGCGGAGCGCGCAUGAGGCUGGAAAGUGCCAGGCACCGAUGAGAAUCCCUGUCAGCUCCUUCCUCUCGACCUGCCUCCCACCCCAUCGUUGUCUCGCAGCGACGAUUUUCUCAGCUGCGCGAUCUCAUCGUGACUCUCAUUGCUUAGCCCAUUUCUGUGUCGUUGUGGUCACCAAGGCGCUCCUUUGCUUCCUCUGUGCCCUGCAUAUUCACGGAGUCGUUUCGUUCCUGGCCACCUUGUCGCUGCAGCCGUGCAUCCACGGCAAAGCCGUCCUAACACUCUUGACUUGUGCUGUAGAGUCACCUCGUCGGUAAACUGUGACUCCCUUUUCUACUCAUCAGGAGGCGACAGAAAGCAGAGGCGCACAGUUCCCUUUCAGCUCCGGAGUGUGUUCAUGCGUGCGGACUGCACAGUGUCCCUGGCACGCGGGACCUGCCGCCGGGCAGCGAAUCUGCAGAGAGCACUGGGGACGCAGCCCGCUCUCACUCAGACCAAGGCCGUGCCAGUGUGUCCAGGGCAACAGGUCCCGUGCCACUGUGCCUGCAUUGAAAUCCGCAGUUCUGGUCCUAGCCCAAGGGGUAUAUGUCAUCUGCGUCACAACCUCUGUCUGUAAUGGGGAUCUCGCUGCAACCUUUCCCUAACCCAAGCAGGUAAAAUCGGAGCUGGCUCUUCGGUAGUGCGUGUCCUCGUUCCCCAGAAGCAGGCUGGCGUUCCCUUUUAAAACACUGGGUUCCCAAGGCUUUGGGGUCCAAACGUGACGUGCAAACCAACUUAGCGGUUUUCUUCUUUCCCUACUUUUACGCUUUGGGGACUGAUAACACGGACUCGUUAGAACGUAACCUCUUUCUCCAGCAUUCAACGUUGGGGAAAAUGCAUCCUUGAGGCUGAAGUUGUACACAGUACUCAUCUUUUGGGGUGAGAUUUAAGGACACAGUUUGGGAGUACGUUUCUUUUUUUGUUUGUCUUGCCUUCUUUUGGGGGAGGGAGAGGUGUGCAGGAUGGUCACUGGGGGUUAAGUGCCCCCCAAAUGGGGGGAGCGGGACACCUAAAUGGAAGUUAUGGGAAAUACAGGAGAGGCCCAUUUGAGACAGAUCCAGCCAGCAUUCCUCUGCUCUCACUUCGCUGCCUGCUCAAACCGAUUGCAAAAGUGGUAGGGAUGCGUGAUCCUUUGCUCUUUGGCUUCCCCCCACCACUACCGUACGCUCCUCUCAACUCUCAAUGCCUGGCCUGCUGCCUUCUUCUGUUAUGACAAAAAAAAAAAAAAAAAAAAAAAGCUUAGGAGUUAUGGAGCAUGACUGGUGAUACUCGGGCAAGCCUCCUUCGGCCUCUGUUCUAAACUCCUUGCAUAGGGGAGGUGGGGGAGGGGUAACCAGAGAAUCAAACAUUGGGUAUAUAAGCAUAGUUCUAAGAAACACUAAAGCUCUUUGUUUUUAAUUUGCCAUUGGCUUAUUUGUGUAUCUCCCUCAGAAAGUUUAAUAGCAAGGAUAGCUGCACCAAGCCAGAUUUCAGCCUUUUUGACAGUUCUGUUGUAAUAAGUAUACAGUAUCAUUUUAAUAUCAAAAUUAACACUGAUUUAUAACAUGUCAAAGACAAAUAUUUUAAAGGACGUAAUUAGUCUGCUUUUUACCUUAAAAACCAGGGGGAAAGAUCCUUAUCAGUUAAAUGUUCAUUGACAAUCCAAAAUUAACAUUCAAAAUAUUGUAAGCUAUUGAACAUGGUGGCACUGAAAUGGUGAUCCUUUUCAAAGGGUGUCUGGGUUCCCCUUCUCCAUCAUUAUGAGGUACUCCUAUAAUGAGAACUAUUGCUUAUGAAAGGAUAUUUUAUAUGUGAAUGGUACAAAGAUAUGGAGACAUUUGAGAACCACUAUGCUGCAGGAAGGUGAUUAAGACUGAAAUUAGUAAAUUAGGCAAGCUCUGGGAUCGAAGGGUUCUGGUACCUAUGGAUUAAUGUUAACUAUCUAAGCAUCUGUUCUGCCAUUGGACAAGACAAGCAGUCCACAAACUUUUGUCUGCAAAGGGCCAGAUAGAAAUAUGUUAGUCUUUACAGGCCAUAAAUCAGUCUUCUUUGUUUGUUUUGGGUUUUGUUUUGUUUUAUUUUUGCAAUCCUUUAAACAUGUAAAAACCAUCCUUAACUCACAAUCCACACAGGAGCAGGCUGCAGGCAAAACCUGUGGGCUGUAAUUUGCCCACUCCUGUAUUAGAACCUAAAACAUAGUAGUUGUUCAGUAACUGCUGAAGGAAUAAACCCUAUAAGAGUGGUUCAUAACUAUUUUAUCCUUAUGAUUGAAAAAGAAAGAUUGAAAAUAAAUGAAGUAGGCAUUCAGCUUCAGGUUCUAGAAAGUAGCUCUUUCAAGACUAUGUUUGGUUUUAAAACCAAGACUUGAUUUUUGAAGAACCAAUAGAAUAGACAGAUAGUUGCCAACUCUGAUAAAGGGGAAAAAGGAGAGACAGAGGUACAUGUGUGUACAUAGAUAUAUGGCACAGAAAGGGAGAUAUGGUUCUAAUGCACACAUUUACAGCAAUUAACUCAAGGUAACACAAAUGAGAAUACCAAUAAUCAGAGAAGGAAUGGAAAAGAUUGUCAAAUAUCUGUCACUAAGGCACAAGGCUCAGGUAGCUAUCCCAGUUGUAGUCCCUGAAAGCUUUUAUGCAGGGGAGGAGUGACUGCUUCAGAGACGGGAGAGGUUGCCUCUUCAGGCAAAGGAGGUGCAGGGGGAUUUGGAGGUCUGCAAUUCUCAGCCUUGUCUGUGUACCUAAAUGUCCCCAUUCCAGGUCUCAGAGUUCACUCCUUCCCACCAGUGCCUUUAUCAUAGCAUUAUAAACCUGGUGGGGUUGAACAUUUAGUUGUCAGUGCAACUCUGCAGUUCUGAUGCUCAGCCUGUAAGUUGUAUCUGCCUACGACCACAGGAUGUGGAGGACUCCUCCACGGCUCCAUGGAUGCAUCCUGAUUCUCCAUGUAUGUUCAUAAGUGUUCUUUGUAUGUAUUUAUAACAUUUAAUUUUUUCCCUAUGUAUGCCCUCGAGGGUUGUAAAAGGAUGAUAGGUCACUCUACAAUUAGGUGAAGCUACAGUUGCCAUAGCGACUAAAUGCCACUGUCAUUUAAUCUCCCAAAUGUCUUAUUCGCCAUCUGCAACUCAUCCCAUAGUAUCACUUGUGAUAAUUUGAGAAAUUGUGAUACUAUCACAUGUCAUGGAUUUCCCAACAUCCAAUCUUAUCCCCAGUCGAGGAAGUUAUCCCUGUAUUCCUUGAAUAUAUUAUCAAUAUAAUCCUAAAAUUGCAUUUGAGGUUCUGUUUCCUGGGGCUUAUUCUGGUGCCAAUUACUGUAUGAAACGGGGUUCCAACAAGGAACAGGGCACACUCAAAUUAGGAUAAUUUGAGGAAAGUUUAAUAAAGGUUCUAGUUAGGAAGAUGGGGGCAGGAUAUUACCAUCCCUAGACCUGAAGGGAUAAGGAGGGAAAGCAAAAUAGUAGAGGAGAUAAUUGGGUAGAUUCUUAUAGUAGUUUUUAAAAAAUGGCCACAAAUUCUUUGACAUUCCUCCCAUUGAGAAUUGGGGUCUGUGCCCCUUCUUGUGAAUCUGGGUGGAUGUGUGAUUGGUUUAUAACCAGUAAAAUGUAUUGAAAGUGAUGCUGUACAACUUAAAAGACUAGAUCAGAACAGGUGAUGUAGUCUCUACCUUGUUAGUUGGAACAUUCACAGUUGGAGCCCCUAAAAUGACAUGCGAGAAGUCCAACUACCUUGACACUGACAUACUGUGAGGAAGCCCAGGCCUCAAGGAAAGGUCAUGUAAAGUUACUUAAGUCAACAACCCCAGAUCCUGUCCUAGCUGGCAGUACCAACCACCAGAAAUGCAAGUGGAGAUACUUCCAGCACCUAGAUGUUAAAUAUUCCCAGCUGAGGCUCCAAACACUGUGGAGCAUUGUGGAGCACAGACCGGCCAGCCCCACUGUGCCCUAUCCAAAGUCCUGACCCACAGAAUCCGUGAACAAAGUAAAUGGUUGUUUCUAUGACACUAAGUUUUGGAGUGAUUUGGUACAUAGCAAUAGUAACUGGUACAGGUAGAGAAAGCCACUCUGAGGGUAGCAAUGACCUUCCGUGGAGAGAUACAGCCAACUCUUGCAUAAGGGAGGAAGUCAGGGGAAUAAAUAUCUCCUGAUCUUAUUCUCCUCUCUCUGAUCUUUUGCCAGUGCUCUCUGUCGGUGAAACGCAACCAAAAGCUAGAGGACAAAGUAGUCUGUUGAUGUAAUCUAUAUAGCCCUGCCUCACAGAACAAGAAGCAGGAUAGAGAAGCAAGAAAAUGGACCUACAGGAGGCAAACAAGAGUUAUCUUGUACAGGGCCAUUUGGGGACUUUGAACUUUAUUUUGAAGACAUCAGAAAGACACUGAAAGGUUUUGGACAGGAGACUGAUAAGAUAAUUAUCUUGACAAUGAUGUGCAGCUUGUAUUGGAGAGGAGACUAGAAACAGGAAGACUAGUUAGGAAUGUAACAAAAUAGAUCAAGUGUGAGGUGAUGGUGCCCUGGGCUGUGGUAACAGCAGUAUAAAUGGAAACAGAAGGAAUAGAUGUGAGAGGCAUUACAAAAGAAAAAAAAUUGACCAGAUUUGCAGAUCAGUUCAUCAGGGGGCAGAAAAAUGAGAGUAGAAUGGAAAAUGAUGCUCAUGUUUUAAGCCUGUUUAAUUAAGGGUCUUGUGCUCAGCCCUAGAGAAUUGAGCAGUUCCCAAGGUUUACCCAUUCUUUUAUGUGGAAGACACAAAUCUUCAACUCCAUUCAUGGUUUUGUCCCCUAAACUGAAAUCUAUUGCCUGCUAGACAUUUCAACUAUCACCUCAAACCUAGGAUAUCAAUAAGCAAACUCACAAUCUUAUCAGUCCACUCAGUCCUGAAUGACAUAGUUCUGUCAACAGAGCAUCUCUUCAUUUCUAUCAUUUAUGAGAGCCUUGACACUACUACUUCUUUUUCACAUGUCCAUGAUCAGUCUUAUUGCCCAUAGGUGGAAAAUUCUUUUUUGAAGUUUGUAGAAGCUAGAAGGGUUUGUUCCAUAUUUGAAAUCUGUCAGAAGCUCUUUAAGGGAUCCAUGCAUUCACUUGAAAGGACUAAUUACAUACCAUUAAGGUCCCAGUGGAAUUCCCUCGAUAAGUCUGCCACUUCUUCCCAUCAAGACUAUACAUGAUGAUAAACUGAGAGAUGUAGAGGCUGGAGAACUUCUGACGGGCACCCUGGGUCUUGAUGCCAUGAACAAUCACUGGUGCCAACAGAUCCACCUACCAAUUAAAACAACACUUUAUUUUGACCUGUUUUUAAAUGUGUAUACUACCUACUAAAAUUAGUUAUUGGCUUAGGAAGAAUCUACAUUGCUACAGAUGUGCCCAUCAUUACCUUGGACCUGCAGAUUAAGCAGAAACCAGUGUUGAUAAGUGACACGUGUAAAGCCGUGGGAUAAAUGGUGGAAAUGAGGAGGAAAGAUGCUUAUUCAGUUCCCAGCCUGCUCCCUGGCUAACCAGACCUCUUCCAAAUCAUUGAGCCCUUAUUUCCUCAAUACACACAUCCUUUGUGCUGCGCAUAUAGACCCACAUAACCUAGUGCUUCUCCCACACCUCAGCAUUAGCUUAAGCAAAGACAAUUUUCUUUCCUCACCCUAGACCAACCCCAUCCCAACAUUGCCAUCAGUGAUAAACAGCCACACCUCCUUCAAGCGUUAGUUCAGAAACUACUUCUGCUUAUCCUUUCCUGGCCCACCCAGACAAAUCUAGUGCUGUUCUUCUGUUUCCACUUCACUUUGUAUACAACUUCAUUAUAGUAAAUUAUUGCACCACAUUAUAAAGGUUGCUUUGUUUGUCUGUCCUCCGUAAUAGACUCAGAUCCUUAAGGCAGUGAACCUGUUUGAGUCGCCUAACCUCUCUGUGUCUCAAUUUAUCUGUAAAGAGGAGAUAAUAUUAGUGAAGUGGCAGCGCUGUCUUCCCAGAUUAGACAGUAUUCCCAAAUAAAGACAUCAUGUUUUUUCUCUUAUUGUGGCACAAACAACUGAAAGCACCAGGUGCAAAAAUCAUAAUUUUUGUUGAAUCGACUUGUACCGUUUCUUCAUGUAGAGUAUGAGAAUUCUUUUUUGGACCACCGACUGUCGUACCUUCUAACAGUUUUAAUGAAGCCUUGCCAAUGUACCUCCAUUCUGUAAUGGAUGAAUGCUUGGCAAACUGCCAAACUCAUCUAUUUCAUCUUCUUGUUGUGCCUCUUCUACAUUAUAAUCGGCACCUUGGAGCAGUUUGGCAAUUAUAGGUUUGAUAGAUUCACCUAUGUAUCUACCGAGGUGAGAUAUUUCAAUGUAACUGCAAGACACCUCUCUUUACUAAGGAGUAAGCAAGGUCAUAAUGAGUUUCGUGGUAGAAAAGUACAAAUAUUGCAGCUGCCUAUCUCCAUGGGGUCUGCCACGUGCCCACUGCCAAUUGCCCAGCCUUGGUCACCUGGUGCUUCUCCAGCCAGCUCAGUGCUGUCAUGCCUGGGGCCCAGGCCAUAGUGCAGUCUUCAGACCUUCUCACUCCACCUCCCCUCUUUUAUUUUAUUAUUAUUUUUUUAAAAGAUGACCGGUAAGGGGAUCUUAACCCUUGACUUGGUGUUGUCAGCACCACGCUCACCCAGUGAGCCAACCGGCUGUCCCUAUAUAGGGAUCCGAACCCGUGGCCUUGGUGUCAUCAGCACCGCACUCUCCCGAGUGAACCACGGGCCGGCCCUCCCACCUCCUCUCUUGUUAGCACCCUACCCUGUCUUAACUCCAAUUUUGUUCCUGCUGGCUCCCUGGAACCAUUUCAUUAUUUUGUAAAGUUACCAGAUCAAGAAAAUCUCUCUCUGAAUUUCAGUAGGACAGACGACAAAACUACCUUGAGGACAAAGUGAUUUAAUACAGGUUGGAUGAUAAUAAAAAUUAGGUGGAUUUGUAACUGGUUUAAUUGCCAUAAACAAACAGGGAUAGUUAAUAGAUGGUUAUCAACUUAAAGGGAGCAAUCUAGAAACAGUAUAGUACAAUGAUUAUGAAUUAGGGGUCUGGAGCCCAACUAUUAGGGUUUGAAUUUUGGCUCAGCCACUUAUUGAGUGUGUGACUUGAAGCACAUUAUCUAACUUCUCUAUGCUUCAAUUUUCUUAUCUGAAAUGAGGAUGAUAGAUAGUAACAUCUACCUCAUAAGGUUGUGGUAAGGACUUAAUAGCGUGAUGUGUACUGAGUACAUACUAAGGAAGCCCUGUCUACUUCAGUAUUUUUAUCAUGAAUUUGCUAGAGUAUUAAAAAGUUUACUAAUCAAAUCAGUAAAUGAUGUGAAACUGGGAAGACUGGGAAAUACUCUGGGAGACAUAAGUUUGGCAAGUUGAAACAAUGGGCCAACUCUAAUAAGUGGAAACUUAACAGGGUGUAUUGCUCAGGGUUCUUUGGCUAGGCAUGGACAAGACACUCUGUUUAAAGUCUCAUCAGAUUGUAUCCAAUUCCUCAAAUGGAAAUGAGAAUGUUAUUACCAAAAAAAUUUAAUAGAACCAGAUGCAGGGCAUCCAAAUAGAUAAAAAUGUUCAGUAUACGGGAAUACAUGUAAGGUUGACACCCCAGUUAACAGAGGAGUUGGUCCUGGACAAGAAUAAAUGAUGCAAUUGAAUGUGAUUAAAUUUCCUAACCUUGAUCCAGGAAAAGGGCUCCUUGGUGCUCCAUGCAUUGAUUGGUCCAGAAUAAUGAAGUCUGGCCAGCUUUGGGGCCCACUGUCCUUUGCCAGAGAAAGGGAAGAGAGAUUAAAUUCAGCUGGGUUGGUCCUAGACACUUGGGAAUAAAAUUCCUGUCUUGAGAAAGGUUAAUCUUACCUGUGGAGAAGAAAGGUAUAAAGGCUUUAUAGUACAGCAGUAUCGAUUACUAUCUAUGGGUUUUGCUUGUCCUUGUCAAUUCUCUUUUCUAAGAUGUAAUAAAUUUAUUGAUUGUUAGCACCUCAACUAGCUGAUACUGGAAUUUGUUACCAUCACUA